AUGGAAAAAAGAAAAUUUCCAAUGAAUUCUAGACAGAUUUCCUUAACUCUAACCCUAACCCUAAAACCCUAAUACUAACCCGAACCCUAAUACUAACCCUAAAACCUUAACCCGCGCGAUUUUCACUCAAAGUACCAGUACACAGCAUUUCAUACGUGAAAAUAAUUUCCCAUAGACUUUGAUGUCUGAAGGGAGUCAACGAGGGAGUGCAAGCCUCUGUGUUUAAAAUAUAUUACGGCGUGGGAUUAACAGAUUGGUGACAAUGAAUAUAAGGUUAGUAAUGUUCGUCAUAAUGGUUUGAAAUCUUGCAACAGAGGCAGCGAUUUGUGGGUAUAGGACGAGUCGAUUACAAUCAAGUAUAACAUAUGUUUUAGAACAUCACCACCAAGGCCGCUUCUGACAAUAAUUAAGAUUAGCCAGGUAUUAACCACAGUAACCAUGGUGAUUUGCAUCAAAACAUUAUUAUUUCCUUUCUUCUUUAUCAUAACAUUUUUGGUUUUAUUUACUGGAGAGCAGUUGGUUUACUUUAGUCACAUGACACACCGUACUUUGGUUGGCAUUACAACUUGUUUGACGCGGGAGAAUAAUAAUAACGUGUUUUUCUCUGUUUUACACAGAGAUUUUGGUAUUAACAGAUGACUUGGCAUAAAACGACUUUUGUACAUUGGAUAAUUGGAAUUAUUACCAUGUGUUUUUGAAGACCAAAAGAAAAUGUUGAAUUACUGUGGAAUAUUUGCCGUGAGCUGAGAUUUAUUGCAACAUUUCUCUUUCAUUAUCUGGUGCUUUUGCAUUCUAAUUCAACUUGAAUAUAUUUGCAAAGCCAUUUACACAAAUUUAGAUAUGAAUAACUUGAUAGCAGCAGAAAUAUUUCUUAGGAAUAAAUUAUAAAAAAAACAAGAAAAAUAAAAGGUUGUUGAGAAAAGUUGGAUAAGGGAAAAAUUUAAUACUGUGAGAAAGUUCAAUGGUUGGAUUUAUUUGUAUCCCUGAGAGAAAUGUCAAAAGCAUUAGGGAAAGUAGGAUAUCGUUGUAAAAUAUGUGAUAAAUCAUUCUCUACACAUAGUAAUUUGGUUAAACACAUUCGUGUUCAUACAGGUGAGAAGCCAUUUUGCUGUGUUUCCUGUGGUAAAUCAUUCUGUCAAAAUGGUAACUUAAGAAUACACAUGCGUAUUCAUACAGGAGAAGAACCAUAUCACUGUGAUACCUGUGGUAAAUCAUUCUCUACUAAAGGUAACUUAAUUAGGCACAAAUUUAUUCAUACAGGUGAGAAGCCAUUUCAUUGUGAUACCUGUGGUAAAUCAUUCCCUGAAAAGCAUCACUUAACUAAACACAUACGUACUCAUACAGGAGAGAAGCCAUAUCACUGUGUUAUCUGUGGUAAAUCAGUUUCUACAAAAGUUAAUUCAACUAGACACAUACGUAUUCACACAGGAGAAAAACCAUUUCACUGUGAUGUCUGUGGUAAAUCAUUCUCUAGGAGUAGUGGCUUGAUCACGCACAGGCGUACUCAUACGGGAGAGAGACCAUAUAACUGUGAUAUCUGUGGUAAAUCUUUCUUUAGAAUCUCUUACUUAAUUCAACACAAACAUACCCAUACAGGAGAAAAACCAUAUAAUUGUGAUAUCUGUGGAAAAUCGUUCUCUACAACCUCUUAUUUAAUUCAACACAAACAUAUUCAUACUGGAGAAAAGCCAUUUCAAUGUCAUGUCUGUGGUAAGUCAUUCAGUGGGAGUAGUGACUUGACUAAACACAAACGUACUCAUACUGGAGAAAAACCAUAUAAUUGUGAUAUCUGUGAUAAAUCGUUCUCUCUGAGUAACAAUUUAAAUAGUCACAAACGUAUUCAUACAGGGGAGAGACCUUAUCACUGUGAUGUCUGUAGUAAAUCAUUCUAUCAGAGAAGUAACUUAACUAGACAUAAAUCUAUCCAUGUAAAAUUUGAGAAAGUUGAAUGGUUGGAUCCAUUUUUAUCUCUUAGAGAAAUGUCAAAAGCAUUAGGGAAAUUAGGAUAUCAUUGUAAAAUUUGUGAUAAGUCAUUCUCUACACAUAGUAAUUUGGUUAAACACAUUCGUGUUCAUACAGGUGAAAAGCCAUUUCGCUGUGUUACCUGUGGUAAAUCAUUCUGUCAAAAUGGUAACUUAACUAAACACAUACGUAUUCAUACAGGAGAGAAACCACAUCACUGUGUUAUCUGUGGUAAAUCAUUUUCUACAAAAGAUAGCUUAACUAGACACAAAUAUAUUCAUACAGGUGAGAAGCCAUUUCAUUGUGAUACCUGUGGUCAGUCAUUCUCUGAAAAGAAUAAUUUAACUAAACACAUACGUAUUCACACAGGUGAGAAACCAUAUAAUUGUGAUGUUUGUGGUGAAUCAUUCUCUGAAAAGAAUAACUUAACUAAACACAAAUUUAUUCAUACAGGGGAGACACCAUAUGACUGUGAUACCUGUGGUAAAUCACUUUCUACAAAAAGUAGCUUAACUAAACACAUACGUAUCCACACAGGAGAAAAGCCAUUUCACUGUGAUGUCUGUGGUAAAUCAUUCUCUGGGAGUAGUGACUUGACUACACACAAACGUACUCAUACAGGAGAGAAACCAUAUAACUGUGAUAUCUGUGGUAAAUCAUUCUCUACAACCUCUUAUUUAAUUCAACACAAACGUAUUCAUACUGGAGAAAAGCCAUUUCAAUGUGAUGUCUGUGAUAAAUCAUUCUCUCGAAUUGGUGACAUGACUCAACACAGACGUAUUCAUACAGGAGAAAAACCAUAUAAUUGUGGUAUCUGUGGUAAAUCAUUCUCUAGAAUCUCUUGUUUAAUUCAACACAAACUUAUUCAUACUGGAGAAAAGCCAUUUCACUGUGAUGUCUGUGGUAAAUCAUUCUCUCGAAUUGGUGACUUGACUAAACACAAACGUACUCAUACGGGAGAAAAACCAUAUAAUUGUGAUAUCUGUGGUAAAUCAUUCUCUGAGAGUAGCAGCUUAACUAGUCACAAACGUAGUCAUACAGGGGAGAGACCAUAUCACUGUGAUAUCUGUAGUAAAUCAUUCUCUCAGAGAAGUAACUUAACUAGACAUGCAUCUAUCCAUGUAAAAGUGUGAUUAUAUCAUUGUGAAAAUUUAUCAGAACACUGAACAACAACCAAUAUUUUAAAACCAUUUCCUCGAAAACUUCCCCAAGAGACCUGAUGAAGGCUGGAGACUAUAUCAGCCGAAACGUGUCAACAACAAACAAGAUGAGGACAAAUAUGUCAAAUGUAAAUAGUGUACAUAAUUCCUCAUCUCUCAAAUAUACGUGCGACUCACAUGUCUAAUCACCUAGACACAAGAUAUAUGAUUUGCAAACAAAGAUAGUUUAUAACACGCAUUCUCAAAAUGGUUCUUCUCCUUACACAUAUACAUACAUACUGUAAUACAAAUAUUAUAUGUUACUUCUUUCAGUGCAAAAGCAAAAAUCAAAACUUUCUUUGUAUGUAAACACAUGUUUUUGUAUCAAACUACAUGCUUCCACCACAAAAGGUGAACACAGAAUAAAGAAUAUAUUUAUACA